UCUCUCUCUCUCUCUCUCUCUCUCUCUCUCUCUCUCUCUCUCUCUGCCUCUCUCUCUCUCUCUCUCACUCUCUCUCUCUCUCUCAUUCCGCUUAUCUCACCCUAUUCAUCUCCUUAAUUUUCUACUUCUGCCCCUCCGUCUCCCCAAUAAGAUUUUCUUAAUUAAAAAAAAAAUCUUGAAUGAUUUUGAAUAAAAACGUGAAUCUGUCUACACUUAUUAGUAUAGACAAUCUGACAUACAGUAGUAUUCAGAUAUAUCAGAAAUUAAUUCGAUAUAAAAGUAACAUCAGAUACAAACUAGAAUUACCAAUACAUACUUCGGUAUAAAACAAAAAACAUGACUGAAAAAAUGUUAACUACCCACUGGGUCAUUUUACAUACAAGCACUGGGUCAUUUUACAUACAAGCACUGCCCGCUGACCUUGAAGAAAACGCAAAUCUUUCGAAGUGUGCCACGGAGCACUUACCUUGACCUCCUCCCACAAGUGGCACUGAUGCAGAAAAUUUAAAUCGGGUUUAACUUACCCCUUGCGGUUAUUUGAGAAUGAUUUGAUGAUUGAGGAGUUGAGUAGAGAGUGAGUAGGUUUUAAGUGACCGGUGUUGAAAAGCGUAUGAACGGGAAUAAAGAAUUUUAGAAGGGUUGUGAGAGGUAUGCAAUUCACAUUUUAGUGUUGUAUGUUCGUUACAUACCCCCCCCCCCCCCCGGAAAAAAAAAUACUGCUGAUGAUGAUAAAAUCGAAACGUUAAUUACACAUGCCUAGUCAUUUUUUUGAACGAUUAUAGAUUUUAACUUCAAUCAGACUUGCAUGACUCGAUUCAUUUUUGGUGCAAUGGAAUUAUCCAAAAGAAAUGUGAUUUGAAGUUCCAAAGAGUAUUUUUUAAUUAUAGAAUGACAAGACACGCAAUCUAAUUGAUAAAAUAACAAAAGAACGUCCUGUUUUCUUGUAUAGCGUUGUAUUUUCUUUUUCUAUCGUUAGUUGAUGCUGUUGAUAAUAGUAAUAUAUACGUUUUUCAUUAAGAUAAGGAAAAAAAAAAAAAACAAGGAAAAUAAGGAAAAACGACAAUCGUGGAAAGUAGCGUUUGUAACACUAAUAACAAUAGUAUGAAUAAUUAAUAGGCACUGUCUUGAAUAUGAGACUGUGGCCUCAGUUUAAAUAACCCAAUUAAUGUUUAUAGAUAUAAGCGCGAAAAAAAUCGUAAAUCUGUUGAUAUAAUGUUACAUUUACAACAGAGUGACCGAUGCUGAGAUGGUAUCAACUCAAAUUAUUUUUUAAAAGAAGGUAGAAGUAACGGCAGGAUUGAUACACAUAGCUUGAGUAUGAACAUAGGAACAUAGCUGGCAAUUAUUUAUUUAGAUAUAAAGAUAUCUAGUUAUAUAUAAUUUUAAUCUUAUCAACCAAAUACCAUUGGUUUACAAUCAAAUCCUUUCAUUCGAAAAAAAAACAGGCAGGCUAAUAAAUUUUCUGUAGUAUUCAUAAUUCUUGAUAUGCAAGAGUCGGUCUAAGAAUGGAUAAAGUCACUUCUCUUCAAUAUUCUGAAUCUUUCAUUCGUGUGGACCUGAAGUUACUUAGAUAUUACUUAGAAAGUUUAAUUUAAUUUUUUUUUUUUUAAUUAUUUUCCGCUUAUCAUUUAUUUCUUCAUUCGAAGGCCGAACGUGCACUUGACAAGUUCAUAACACGUUCUAAGCUGACCCGCCGCCACAGCGUCUCUCCGCCCAUCACCGCAGCCGCGAGCGCCGCCCACCGCUGUCGCCGCCAUGUCCUCCUCGUGCGUCCCCCCCAAGAACUGCGUCGUCCACGACCCCGACCCCGGCUGCCACGACAACGAUGACUCCCGCAGUGAGUGCGGGUCCCUCUGCACGUGUACUUCGAGCAGCAUGACCUCCAUCGCCACCUCCAUCAGCAGAGAUCCGCGAGGGUCCUCGGUGUCCCUCGCCAGCCCGGCCGUGUCCUCGGCGCCCAACGGCACCCCGGCGUCCCCGCAGGCCCAGGAGACGAGCGACAACCCCUUCAUCGUAGUGUUCGUCCCCUCACAGAUGCUCUCGGGGCGCCGCGGCUGCGGAACCUGUGGGACCUGCUACGGGGAGGGGGCGAUGCAAACGGCGCUGCGGGUGAUCCUCCGGACGGCGUGUGAGUUCUGCCCGUGGGUAGCCGGCUUCGUGGUCAUCUACUACACCUUCUACUGGUGGGGCCUCGGCUCUGGCUUCUCUGCCUUCCUCUUGAUGAUGGGGACGCACGCGCUCAUCCGCUUCAUCAGGGCUCGAAGCAGCGCCAAGUGCUUGUUCAAGUGCUCUCGCCGGGGCAACGCCGACGCCCCCAACGCGGAGGAGGAGGAGAACGGGGAGGAAGGAAGCGGCCAGGAGGAGCAGACAGAAGAGACAGAGAGGCCCCCAGACAUUACUCUGGAGGAACCACCGUCUUACGAAGUAGCGGUGGUGAAACCGCCGCCUUAUGACUUGUACCACCACCUCACGCCGACUCAGCCCCGCAGCGCACUGCAAGCGCCGCCAAUCACGGAGAAAAAGCUGCAAAAGUCACAGUUCCUGGGAUUGUCCAAUUUGCAACAGCCCCCCAGUGUCACCGAUGACGAAGACGACGAUGUCUUUCUGCCAUCUUACCAGGAAGCCGUUAGACUCUCCUUCAAAAGUGAAAGAAAGUCUGAGGGCUAGGAUUCGCCCUUGGAAAGGAGCCCCACGAAACUGGUGGUACAUCAUCAAGCGUGGAGUCAACGCACCGGCUCGGCGCUCGUGGGAGAGGCAGAGAAGGGAACGCCUCCGCAGUGAAACGUCGUCACGGGCAUGCCUGUCGGGUUCCUUCGCGGUUCUACUCGUCUUCUACAGGCCGUCGAAGGGCGUCGUGACGACAGGCCUUAAUAGGCUAAGUCUCAGCGAGCUUUACUAGCAAGGGGGAGUCCGUUUCGACUUUAAACAGUGAAUAAAUUUCAGUGCUGAACGCUUAAGAAAGAAAUCAGGGACGCAGAAGGAAGUUUGGCUAAUACUGUAGUGAAGUAACUGUAACAUUAAUACCAUUAGCCCAGCGAUCUUAACCACCCUAUUUCGUCUCACACUCUUGGAGACCAACUUGAGCUCGGGUGUAUUCCGAGGUAUAAGUCACAAAUACACCUGAUAAGCCCAUUCCAGGAGCAUUUAUCCGGGUACUAAAGGCACUCCGAUAUAACUCAUCCAACACACCUAAACGGACUAAAUACCUUUGUUAAAGUUAAACAUGACAGAGAGUAUGGUAGUAUGUUCUAGGUCGUUAGUCAAUAUAUUUACGGUGAAAUCACAAUUCACAUGGGUGUCGUUAAUCCAGUAGACUAUUAGAUAUUUAUUUAUAACUAUUUCUCAUUUUUCUCUUUCUCGCUCACUGUCUCUAAUCUUCACAUGCGUGUCUUCUCAACAGAAGGCAUAUAUUCGCAUGCCAUUCUUCGUUGUUCAUUUCGCGAGUCAUAGAGGGCAUUGUCCAAUAUCAUGUGGGUUUUUUUUAUCAAGUCACUAUUAAUUAUUUCUUGGUGAGUUUUCCAGAUGUUUUUUACGUCAUUAAAUAUAUUUAUUGGACUUAAAUACAAAUACAAAAGGCCAGUAUAUAAGAACUUUUUCUGUCGUUUGUGGCAAAGAAAUGCGUUCUUCCAUUUGUACCGAAACGUUUAAUAAAUCUUGUUUAGGUA